AUGUGCCGCACACUUACUGCUUCGACGAGUCCACAUAAGGCCCUACCUAACUUUUGCAAUGGUAUGUAUAAGCAUCGUGUUGAAAAUCGACAGUCUGUAUCUAAAUAUACUCUGCUAAAGCCAAUCGCUGAUAAAAUAGUGAGCAGCAUCAUGGCAUGGGUGAAUCGCACAAGUCGCGACAAUUGUCCAGGUGGUUUGCAGGAGAAGACUCGCACGUCAGCUCAUCUUGGUCCAGGGUGCUACGAAACGCUACCAUCGAAUCGUAUGAGGCCAAAUGCUACUGCUUUUGGAUGUGGCGAGAAACUUGAGCGUGGAACUAAUGCUGGCUUCACAAAAGGCUUGACAAUGAUCACCCCGGGUCCUGGAGCAUAUGUUAUCGAUAAUUUAACCCGUUGGGAAUCGCCAACACCUAGCAAGACAUUGACAUCGGUAUUUCAGUCAAAGUCACAACGAAUCGAUGACUCGAAGUUGCGAAGGGGGUAUAGCACUCCAGGACCAGGGUCAUAUUCAGACCGUGACUUUUUCGCACAUCGUUUUAAAGGACAUACCAGCUCUGGAAACUCUUUUGUAAAGACUCCACCAUCGAACAACAAGAUUCGAUGGAUGAGGCUUCCUACAGCUCCAUCGAUUCCAACUGUCUUACAGAGCUUUGGUUAUGAACAAGAGAAUGGAAGACUUGUUCGUCAUGAGCCAGUUAAAGUUGGGCAUACAGGGUGUGGAAAGGAUACAUUAGGUCCCGGGGAGUAUGAACCCAUGAAAGGUCUUAAAAGCAUUAGCAAUACACGCACAACUGAUUUUUCCAAAGGAAAAGUCAUGCGAUUUAUCGAAAGUGAACUCCGAGCAAAGGCAGGCGUUCCCGGACCGGGUGAAUAUAAGAGUCUUGGAGAUGCCGCUGCGCUUAAAGACCCUGCAAGAUCUAGUGCUGUGUUCAAGUCAGCGCUUUCUCGAGAACAAGCAACGCUAGUCACAGCAACGAAAAGCGUGCCUGGGCCCGGAGCGUACUUCUUGAAUCAAACUAAUGGAAUUUCAGUCGAAACGAAACCAGAACAUCUACAAUUUUUCGGAAGCACGUCAACUCGUUUCGACACUACGCGACGAGAGGGGCUUGGUCCAGGGCCUGGAGCUUAUCAUCAUGAACAGUCAGGCACCGUUCAGCAACAGCGCUUCAUACCAGACGGUAAAACCGCACCUUUUAGCUCAAAGAAGGAGCGCUUUGAAGUUAUGAAAUCAAGUAAGCAGAGUCUGGUCUCACCAGGCUCUUACGAAGUACCGUCCACCAUGUCGGAAUUAUUGAAUAAAGUGACAAGCCGAGUGUCAACUUUCGGCAGCACUACAAAGCGUUUCGACACAAUCUCAUCAGGUUGUGAGCACGAAACACUGGAGUCCCAAUUAGAGCGAGACAUGAAAGCAAGUGAGGCGAAUCGACAACAGCAAAGACACAGCAAGAAGAAGCAACAAAAGCCGAAAGCUUCUUUUAUGUUUGCGUCAUCAACAAGACGAAUGGAUCGAAAGGUGACUGGUCCAUCACCAGGCGACUACGAGGUUCAACGAUCGUGGGAUGCAUCAGGAGCGCGUGGAGCGUUUAAGUCUGGGAUUAAUCGAAUGAAGAGUCAAUCAGACCUGGUCACUUCUGUCCCCGGACCCGGAAGUUACUCAACCGAGCGUCUGGAGCAAAAGCCUCAGCACAAGCCUCAACCAAAUGUCUUUUAUGCAGCGGAACCACGAUUCAAGGAAAAGAUGUUGAAAAUGCCCACUCUGGGUCCUGGUUACUAUAAUACGGACACAAUUGAAUCAAGCUGGAAUCGUCCAACCCACAAUAUAUCAAUCGCUACAGAGAUGGAACUUGCCAUGAUUUCCUAA